ACAACGUUUGACAGGAUGGAAGUGUUUGUCAAAGAGUUUGAACAAGAAGUGCAAAGAAAUGAUGAAAUUCCCGAAGCUAUCAUCGCCAUCCAAUCACUGAUACGAUACAUCGAACAAAGUAAUGUAGGAACACUUCAACAACUCAUAGAGGAGCUUCAGGAGUUGAGUAGUCUACUAAAGUCAGCAGCUGGUACCUCAACAACCUCCGUCGUGUCCGGAUGUGACCUGUUCGUUCGUUUCAUCACUUUAAUGAGGAACCGCAACAUGGGACCUGUUGACAGUGACAUAUGGGAGUCCAAGAGCUUUGAUCCUGUUAGACAUUUCCUUUUAGACCGUGGCAACCAGUUCAUGAAGAGACUGAUGAUGUCGCGGAAGAAGAUCGCCCAGCUCGCAUACCCGUUUAUUACAGAUGGAGUCACGGUGUUGGCUGUUAGUUUAUCUCGGGUGGUUUUGGAGAUUCUCUGUAAAGCUCAUGAUAAAAUGAAGAAGUUCAAUGUGCUGGUUACUAUCUCUGAGCCUGAUAAGGAGGGUGCUAUGAUGGUGAAAGCGUUGAGAGACAAAGGAAUCCAAGCCACACAGAUAUUAGACUGUUCCAUUGGGUUUGUUAUGGAGAGGGUUGAUUUUAUUCUGGUGGGCGCAGUGGGGGUAGUGGAGAAUGGUGGGUUGAUCAAUAAGAUAGGAACUUAUCCUGUUGCAGUUAUGGCCAAAUCACUCAACAAACCUUUUUAUGUUGCAGUUGAAAGUUUCAAGUUCUACAGAAACUAUCCGCUAUGUCAAUUAGACUUACCCAACGAUUCAAAAUAUUUGAAAAUUGAAGAGAAGGGCCAUCCGACAGUUGAUUUUACUCCUCCCAAUUUGAUUAAUAAACUUUUUACAGAUUUAGGUGUGUUGACUCCUUCAGCAGUUAGUGAUGAGCUUAUAAAACUGUAUAUUUGAGAUUUAUAUG